AUGGCCGAGCCGGGCGGGGAGGCCGCGCCCUGGCCCGGGCCGCCGGUACAGAUCCGCGUUGCCAUCCAAGAGGCCGAGGAUGAGGAGCGGACGGCGGACGGGGAGCGGCUGCGGGACGGGGAGCGGCGCGUGGGGAGCCCCGCGCGGUUCCUGAGCCCCGGCUGGGGCAGCGGAGGCGAGGACGAGGCGGGCCGCGGGCACAGCAGUGGCACCAUAAGCGGGGACGAGAAAGAGCACGAGGGCCCGGAGGGGGAGUGGACGCCGCCGGAUGCAGAGCUGGUGAGGAAGCUGGUGGAGCAGAUUGAGUUCUACCUGUCCGAUGAGAACCUGGAGAGGGACGCCUUCCUGCUGAAGCACGUGCGCCGGAACCGCCUGGGCUAUGUGAGCGUCAAGCUGCUCACGUCACUCAAGAAGGUGAAGCAUCUUACUCGAGACUGGAGAACCACAGCUCACGCCUUGAAGUUCUCGGGGAUCCUGGAGCUGAAUGAGGAUCAGCGGAAGGUGAGGCGGACCACCCCGGUGCCACUGUUCCCCAACGAGAAUCUUCCCAGCAAGAUGCUCCUGGUCUACGAUCUCCACCUAGCGCCCAACCCUCAGAAUGGCAGGGUGCAGGAGAAGGUCAUGGAGCACCUGCUCCAACUCUUUGGGACCUUUGGGGUCAUCUCCUCCGUGCGAAUCCUGAAGCCCGGCCGGGAGCUGCCCCCCGACAUCCGUAGGCUCAGCAGCCGCUACAGCCAGGUGGGCACCCAGGAGUGUGCCAUUGUGGAGUUCGAGGAGGUGGAGGCGGCCGUCAGAGCCCACGGCUUCAUGGCUACCGAGUCUCAGGGCAAAGACCACAUGAAGGCCCUCCUGAUUGGGAUGAAGCCCCCGAAAAAGAAACCUGCCAAGGAGAAGCCCCAGGACAGGGAGCACCCCGCCGGCGCCCCAAUGAACAGGUCCCUCAACAAACGGGUAGAAGAGCUGCAGUACGCAGGGGACGAGUCUUCCGCCAACAGCUCCUCUGACCCAGAGAGCAACCCCACGUCCCCCAUGGCUGGCCGGCGGCAUGCGGCCACGAGCAGGCUCAGCCCUUCCGGCCCGCAGAAUCUCUUCCUGAGCCCCAAUGCUUCUCCAAGCUCCAGCCCUUGGAGCAGCCCCUCGGCACAGCGCAAGGGUGUGUCCAGGAAGUCUCCGCUGGCCGAGGAGGGCCGGCCAGGCUGCAGCACUGGUCCUGAAGCUCCACGCACGGGGGUGGAUUACUCCUCCGACAGUAGCAUCACCCCAUCCGGCAGUCCCUGGGUACGGCGGCGGCGGCGCCAAGCUGAGAUGGGGACCCAGGAGAAGAGCCCUGGAGCCAGUCCCCUGCUGUCUGGGAAGGUGCAGACUGCAGAUGGCCUGCCCGUGGGAGUGCUGAGGCUGCCCAGGGGCCCCGACAGCACUCGGGGAUUCCAGGGCGGCCGUGCCCGGAGCAGGGUCUGUGUGUGA